CGGUGCCAGGCGGCACUAGGGCUCCCCCCUCGCCCGCCCCGCCCUCCCCUCCCCACUCGCUCCUCCAGCGGGCAGCGGAGCUCGCCCCGCCGCCGCCGCCGCAGUGGUCCAGGUUAAAAGGCGUUGCCGGUAACUACAGUUUGUGCUUCCCUGCAACAAAAGUAAGAAGUACAAUGUAUGCCUAUUGAGUUCCCUAAAUAAAAGAGCCUUUCGACGCUCACGCCUUUGGUUAGGUUCCAUUUGGCUGGUGUAUUGAUGCAGUCUACCUGUGGGGAGAGAGAACGCUUGCCUGUAUUUGUGAAGAGGAGACGGAGAAUUUGGUGAUUUUUUCAUUUUAUACCUGUGAAUUUUCUGCAAUCCAAAGAUGGCAGCAAAUAAGCCUAAAGGACAGAAUUCAUUGGCUUUACACAAAGUCAUCAUGGUGGGAAGCGGUGGUGUAGGAAAAUCUGCUUUAACACUACAGUUUAUGUAUGAUGAGUUUGUUGAAGAUUAUGAGCCCACCAAAGCAGACAGCUAUAGGAAAAAGGUGGUUCUGGAUGGGGAAGAAGUCCAAAUUGAUAUAUUGGACACAGCAGGGCAGGAGGACUAUGCUGCAAUUAGGGACAACUACUUCCGAAGUGGAGAAGGCUUUCUUUGUGUCUUCUCUAUUACAGAGCUGGAAUCCUUUGCAGCAACUGCAGACUUCAGGGAGCAGAUCUUAAGAGUAAAAGAAGAUGAGAAUGUUCCUUUUUUGCUAGUUGGUAACAAAUCGGAUUUGGAAGAUAAAAGGCAAGUUUCCGUAGAGGAAGCAAAAAACAGAGCUGAUCAGUGGAAUGUUAACUAUGUGGAAACUUCUGCAAAAACACGAGCUAAUGUUGACAAGGUGUUUUUUGAUUUAAUGAGAGAAAUUAGAGCCAGAAAAAUGGAAGACAGCAAAGAAAAGAAUGGGAAGAAGAAAAGAAAAAGCCUAGCUAAGAGGAUCAGAGAAAGAUGUUGCAUUUUAUAAUCAAAACCCUGAAUUCCUUUCCUACCCUGACCAUACUAAUAAAAACCAUAAUUUAUAAGCAUGCCAUUGAAGGCUCAAGUGACUGAAAUUACUCUAACAUGUUGGAAAUUGUAAUGUACCACUAAAAGCAUGAAUUGGAGCUGCACUGAGAGUCAAAUUCACUGAAAAAAAAAAAUGAUGUGGCUUCAAGAGAAGCAAAGUUCAGUCCAUUUCAUAGUUGCCUACCUUCUCACAUUUCUUCUGAAUGUAGGGUUUCAUAGGCAGUCUUUUCUUUAAUAGUGAACAGAGAGGGGAAGUAUUACUUUGUGGGUUCUUGUAAAGCAUACUUUUUUAUCACUGGUAAUUGUCGAUUCAUCUUGUCUUUUGUUGCCUUGAAAAUUACAAUUGUGAACGUGAUACCUAACAAAGCGGUAUGCAGUUGUUUUGCCAUGGAGUUACGCAAAUUAGAAAAGAAUAAUGUAUAUGCGAACAGUUAUGUUGGGGAAAAUUAUAUGUGGUUCUGCAUUACCUGAUUAACCUAGAAGAGUGAUGUAAUCUUUUACAUUGAAACAUUUGAAUAUGCCUUAAUUUUAAAACCUAAACAUAGCAGGUUGCUUAAUCAAGGGUGUAUUUUCAACUUUGUUGCAUGGAGACUGUCCCUGUGCAUCAGUGCAAGACUGCCCUCUCUGUGGAGUGCAGUUAUGUGAAUGAUUUCGCUAACUAGCUGUUUGCUAGCAGUGUCUGUUCUUUAAAUGUGUGCCAUACUCUGGUAUUGUGAAUAAUACAGAGCGUAUUCUGUCAUCUGUAACUUGGUAGACUAUAUGGUAUCUUAAAACUAAAAGGUCAGAAUACAUAUAAGACUGAAGUCAUAAGCCUGUGGCACAUCUAAGCCUGGAAUGGUCAUUUGAAACUUAAUGUGCUGAUACCUUGAAACUUCCCUUUUGCGAGUAGAUUUUUGUCUAGGUGUUCCUUGGGUUUUAACUCCCUGGAGUUGGGUGGAAUGGAGCUGAUUCAGUAGCGCUAAUGUGUUUUGAGUUAAGAUGUUGUCUGGGAAAUUCUGGUGUCAUCAGUUAAUUUCUUUUGUGUUCCUAAUACUCAGCUAUGGGAACCUGGUGUGUUAUGCUGAAGCUCUUUGCAGGUUUUGUACUGUUUAGUUUAUGUUGAUUUUCAAAUGGGGAACAUUGUAGCUACUUUUUCUAGUUAAUGUUGAUAUUAAACAAUCAGACAUGCUUUGCAAUACAGAAACAUUUACCAUGUGCAUCCAAAAUCCCCAAACAAAACAUACUGCCUCAGUUGCUUCAGAACAGCAAGAAUACUAGCACACAGUUAGUAUGCUGCAUCUUAACUAAAAAUAUACCAGAAUGUUUGAGGGUUUUGGACUCCUCUGGGGUAAGACAGGCUAGAUCAAUUCCACAAACUGUUAUACUUUUUAUACAUGUGUAAGCCUAUAACUGACAGUUUAAAAUGUGCUCAAACAAACUAGGUAGCAAAUAUUUAACUUUCAUGCUAACAGACAUUUUAGGGACUCAAGUCUUAGAAGUUAUAUUUGUCAUGUUAAAUAUUUAUCAAUAAGAAUUUUGUAUGUGCAUUUAGUAGACUGCCAAGUGCAGAAUUAAAGUUACUCAUGUAACUAUGGCAAAUAAGCCAGUCUUCAUCUUACUGUGUACUCAUUUGGGUCCAUUUGGCCAGGGAGUCUAACCACUAACAUUAUGACUUUGCUUUGGAACCUGUAUACUAGGAACUGAGGUGUUAUGAAGCCACUGGACACAUGAAACUUGUCUUGGCUGAUGCCUUAUCCUGUCCUUUUAUUUGCUAUUUGAGCCAUUGAAAGAUGAAUAAACUUCCAUUUUUUUAAAA